AUGGGGCGGGUGGCGAUGGGGCAGACCGAGGAGCGCAUCUACAGGGACGACGUCAUCGCCCAAGACCACGGCAACCACCGCAUGGAGGCCGUGAUCAUGCCACAGCCAAUCAAGGACACCUUCUCCAUCCUGUUCGGCGGCGACAUUUACGAGAUUGCUGGAGUCGUGGCCACUGAGCUGACCGGCGUGGAGGCCGGCGAGCAGACGAGCGGCGGCCUCGUGGUUCCCAUCAACUCUGCGCCUGCGCCUGCGCCUCCAGAGGGCGGCGACGACCACGAAGUGAGAAUCAACAUAGACCGGCACGUGAAUGUACCCACUCAGGAGUCUGCGUUGCAGUUAAUCGCACGUGCGCUGGGAACAGUGGGUUCCCACACCCUGGUUAUGGACGUGCACACGAUGCUCCACAAGUCGCCCAGCGGAGUGGUCUUCGGCCACAACAAGCUUGCCUACUACUAG